UUCUGAAAAUACUUCGCAAUGAAAAAAGUGAUAGUAAUUUUAUCCUAGAUUGUGUAGAUUGCGUACAAUAUUUAAUUUUUUUGUAACCCCAAUGAUCGACGGAUAAUAUAUAAAUAACUAUAUUACAAAAUUAUUUUUUUAAUUAUUUUUUUUGUCUGCUGAACAGAAAAAUGUCAUAUAAUUGGAACAAUUGGAUUGAGGAAGCUAUUUUAAACGAACAUAUUAACUGUUAUGAAUAUAAAGACUUUUAUAACUUAGAAGGAAUUGGCACCGGAGGCUUCGGAAAGGUUUAUCGUGCAAACUGGAAAGAUUCUCAUAAUAUUUAUGCGUUAAAAUCUCUCAAAUACUCCGAAGCAAAAAAAUUUGUUGAUGAGCUUAAAAUUCAGCGUAAAGUAAAUGUUCAUGACAAUAUUAUAAGAUUUUAUGGCAUUACAAGAGUCGAUCAAAAUUAUAGUUCAAAAAUAUAUAUGUUGGUAAUGGAAUAUGCCGAUGGUGGUACUCUUCGAGAGUAUCUAAGAAAAAAUUCUGGAAAUCUCACUUGGAAUGAUAAAUUCAAAAUGGCAUAUCAAUUAGCUAGCGCUGUAUCAAUUUUACAUAAUUUGGGAGUUAUUCAUCGUGAUUUGCACUCCAACAACGUAUUGGUCCAUGGAAAUAACGUCAAAUUGGCUGAUUUUGGAUUAUCAAAAAAGACUGAUGAAUCAGUUACAUCACGACGAUAUGGUGUAAUUCCUUAUAUUGAUCCGAAAAAAAUCGCAAGUGAUUCAUACUCUCGAAAUGAAAAAAGCGAUAUUUAUAGUGUAGGUGUACUUCUAUGGGAGAUAUCGAGUGGUCGGCCACCUUUCGAGGGUAAAAGCGAAUACUUUUUACUUACGAAUAUUCCGGAAGAUUGUUGGGAAUUCGAACCAGAUGAUCGUCCAACUAUCUAUAACGUAGUUGAUAGAUUAGAAGCAAUUAGUAGUAAAACCACAAAAUCUUGGAAUUCAUCACCUUCAUCACGUAAUAAUUCAUCGCCUUCAUCACGUAAUUAUUCAUCACUUUCAUCACGUGAUAAUUUAUCACAAAGUUUCAAGCAAAAAGAAUCGAAAGAUAUAGUUGAUGGAAUAGCUGCUCUUCCUUCUAAAAUAUAUGAUAAAAGAAAAAAACAGAAAAUUCUUGAUUACCUUGAAGAUAAUCAUGUGACUUCAAAAGAAAUUUUAGAUUGGCUAGAAAAUAAUCAAAAUUAUCCCAAUUCUCUUCUUGUGUUGGGAGAUUUUCAUUAUUUAGGAAUUGCAACUGAGGUUGACAAAAGAAUGGCUUGUGAAUUCUAUGAGAAAGCAGGAGAUGGAGAUGAUGGACUUAGCGUAGCUCAAUACAAUCUUGGAGUUAUUUAUGAAACUGACAAAUUAGACGACACAAUUGCAGCACUGUAUUGGUAUAAUAAAUCAGCUGAACAGGGAAAUCAUGAAGCUAGGGAAAGUUUUUAUAGAUUACGAGGUACUUCAGGUACUAAGACUGUUAGUUCGAGUAGUAUACAAAAAUAUGGUUCUAUGGGUAUUUUUAAUCGAUAAGCGUCUCGUUAUAAUAAAUCUGGUUUU